UAUAUAGUUACUUAUUUCUUUUAAGAUUUGCAGUAGCUAACAUUGGGGUUUCCUAGAUGGGAGACAAAAAGGUGCAUCGCCACUUCUUGAGACUCCCUUGCUGACAAGUAUUUCCAGUGAAUUGGAAGAAGAUUUGUGAUAUUGUCAUCUUCCAAAUGGAUCACUUCACCCCCAACACAAAAAGAUGUGUUGGGGUGAAAGAGUGGAUCUUCAGAUUGUCUGGCUUCCUUUGCAGCCUCUUGUCUUCGGCAUUUGGAAUAAUCCUUGCAGGCAGCCGAUACUGGCGCCUCUGGGAAUUCGACAGUGAUGUCGUUCAGCUUGUGUACAUCGGGCUCUGGGAAGCUUAUUACCAUCAGGAGCUUCAGAUCUCUGGCUCUGUGAUCAGGAUUCUGGUGCACAGUCCGGUCAACUCAAGCUGGAUCAUUUCACCUGAAUUUCGAUGUGCACAGAAGCUGAUUUUAUUGGCGAUGUUUAUAAAACCUGUGGUUGUAAUAUUUAGCUCAGCGACCAUUAGGGUUAGCAUUAUCAAAGCCUCAGUCCCUGAGAUUCAGAUCGUCUGCUACAAGUGCUCUGUCUUAAUUCUUCUUCUCAGCAGCCUUUGCACAGUUCUUUCUGUCACCUGGAACCAUGUAGUAGAUUUUUAUGGCGAAACCACCUUUGACUUUCCACCCAAUUUUCCUGUUAGGAAAGAAGACCUGAUAAAGAAACACCACACACAUGUGUUCCCCAUAGGAGUCAUGACAACCACUCUGUCACUCCUUGCUAUGAUAAUGUUCCUAUUUGAAAUCAAGUCAUUGAAAAUACAGAGUAACCUGAAUGCCCAGAGUGCUUCUAAACAGGUCGAUCAAAUGGCCUGAAAUGUGAGAGAUGGCAUUUUUCCAAAUGUGCCAGGUGACUCCUUGGCCAAAUUAUCUACACCCAAAUGAUACUCCUGUAGUAUUCUACUCACUUAAAAUAAAA